UUCCCCGCUCGGUAACGUAAGGAUGUGGACUGUCCCUUCCUGUUUUACAGCCGCCGUACCGACCCAGAGAGGAGCAGGAACACGGGCUCUCCGGACGGGAUUAUGCGUGUAUUUGUGCUGUCAGAGCCGCCGAGCUGUGUUUGUGUGCGCAGGUUUGUGCUUUAGGGAAGGCGGCGAUGUUCCUCGUUGGUUAGCUGCUGACAGAAGAGGCCUGCGUGUAGCCGUCGGUGCUUUGCUGUGUCAAUGAUUGUCCUCCCCUCACUCUCAUGGCGGAGACUAAAAUCAUAUAUCACAUAGAUGAGGAGGAGACUCCUUAUCUGGUCAAACUGUCCGUUUCUCCCGAUAAAGUCACCUUAGCGGAUUUUAAAAAUGUCCUCAACAACCGGCCCGUCAACAACUACAAAUUCUUCUUCAAAUCCAUGGAUCAGGAUUUUGGGGUUGUCAAAGAGGAGAUUUCCGAUGACAACGCCAAGCUGCCUUGCUUCAAUGGGAGAGUGGUGUCUUGGUUGGUCCUGGCAGAGAGCACGCACUCUGAUGGAGGAUCCCAGUGCACAGAGAGCCACCCGGAGCUGCCUCCUCCCCUCGAGAGAACUGGAGGCAUAGGAGACUCACGCCCCCCCUCUUUCCAUGCCAAUGCUGUGAGCAGUCGAGAUGGCCUGGACACAGACACGGGUACAGAGUCCCAUCUUAGCCACCGCAGAGAGCGUGAGAGAGAGCGUGUGCGGAGAAGAGCUCGAGAAACUGAGCUCCCUCGUGUCAAUGGUCACUCUAAAUCAGAGCGCACUGCACGGGACUCGACCAUGGGUUAUGACAGCACCUCAGUAAUGAGCAGCGAGCUGGAGUCCAGCUCAUUUGUGGACAGUGAGGAUGACGAGGAUGCGAGCAGGCUCAGUAGCUCUACGGAGCAGAGUUCUUCCUCACAGUUGAUGCGCAGACACAAGCGUCGGAGACGAAGGCACAAGGUGGCGAAAAUAGACCGGUCUUCGUCCUUCAGCAGCAUCACAGAUUCCACUAUGAGCCUCAACAUCAUCACCGUCACGCUCAAUAUGGAGAAGUACAACUUUUUGGGUAUCAGUAUUGUUGGCCAAAGCAAUGACCGAGGAGAUGGCGGUAUCUACAUUGGCUCUAUCAUGAAGGGAGGAGCUGUGGCUGCCGAUGGCAGAAUAGAACCCGGAGACAUGCUCCUGCAGGUGAACGAUGUGAACUUUGAGAACAUGAGCAAUGAUGACGCUGUGAGGAUCCUUCGAGAAUUGUUUCCAAACUGGGAAUAUGUUCUAGCUCCUACACUGUUCCAUGUCUACAUUGAUUGGGUGUUGGGAGGGAUUAUAGAGAGCAGUCGUUUGUGUGCCUUUGUCAGUGUGGGCACUCCUAUUAGUCUUACUGUUGCCAAAUGCUGGGACCCGUCUCCACGCAGUUACUUCACCAUCCCCAGAGCGGAACCUGUGCGACCCAUUGACCCAGCAGCCUGGAUCUCGCACACAACUGCACUGACAGGCCCUUACCCACACUACGAGUUUGAUGACUUGCCUCUAUCAGCAAAUAAAACUGACAUGGCAACCAUUGUCAAAGUGAUGCAGCUGCCUGACUCCGGUUUGGAGAUUCGAGAUAGGAUGUGGUUGAAGAUCACCAUCGCUAACGCAGUCAUCGGUGCUGACGUGGUCGACUGGCUUUACUCCAGAGUAGAAGGAUUCAAGGACCGGCGGGAUGCAAGGAAGUACGCCAGCAGUCUGCUGAAACAUGGCUACCUGAGACACACCGUCAACAAGAUCACGUUCUCUGAACAGUGCUACUACACCUUCGGGGACCUGUGCCAAAACAUGGCAUCACUCAACUUAAAUGAGGGAUCCAGCGGUGGAGGCUCUGAGCAGGACACAUUAGCACCUCUCCCUCCCACCACCAACCCCUGGCCACUGGGCGGGCAACCGUUCCCCUACCCUGCAUUUCCCUCCGCACCAUCUAGCUUCCCGCCCGGAUACUCAGACCCUUGCCACAGCUUCCACAGCGGGAGUGCCGGCAGCCAGCACAGCGAGGGAAGCCGUAGCAGCGGAUCAAACCCCAGUGUGGGCAAGGGUCGGCGCUCCUCCCCACAGGAAAAGGGUCAGAGGUCAACAUGCAGCGAAUCGGAACACGGCGUCCGUGGAGGGAGGCGGGGAGAUCGGUGCACCAGCCAAAUGAGCCAACGCAGCCACGCCGUCUCCAGCCACAGCCACGCACGCUCCGGCCUCAGCCACACACAGUCACACAGGAGCCACUCUCACUCACAGAAUAGCCACACCGCCUUCACCUAUAGCCACGCCCCCUUCAUUCAGCCAGGGCAAGGCUCCUGUGCCCAGAGUGAGCGAAGCCACACCUCGUCCUAUGGCCCCCCAGGCUUGCCUCCUCCUUACUGUCUGGCCCGUCUGGCCCCCAAGACCUCAGUCAGCAGCAGCACGCCCCCUGGUGCUCCUCCCGGGAGAGAGCUGGCAGCCAUUCCUCCUGAGCUGACCGCCAGUCGCCAGUCUUUCCAGCAUGCUAUGGGCAACCCCUGUGAGUUCUUUGUUGACAUCAUGUGACAGGACAGUGCCUUUUAAAGUUAACCAAGCACAAAUUAGUUCUCCCUCAACCCACUCAGCCCCUUCUCUCUUUCCUCACAGUCAGUUCCGUUUGCCUCUGACCAUCUCCGAGUGCAGCACGUAACCUUUGACUGGCCCUCCAGCCUCUGCCCUAACAAUUAUCACC